CAAAGACAAGAAGACAAGAACAAAGCAAGCAUGGAGAGAUCAGCACUAACAAUGGCGCUGCUUCUGCUUCCGCUGCUCGCCGUGACGGCGAGCGCCCAGGUGUUGUGCCGGUCGCAGUUCAACCUCGCCAACGAGGCGUGCAGCAUGCGCACCUUGCCGGGGGUCAUGAGGCCGCCGCUCGUGCCGCCGCGCCCGCUCAAGCUCAACGAGACGUCGGUCACCGGCGGCGGGAGCCGCAGGCACGGGCUCCAGUCUCGGGGCGGCGGUGGCGGCGGCGGCGACGAGUAUGACGACGACGGCGACUACUACUACGACGCCGACGGCGAGGAGCAGGGAGGAGGCGGCGGCGACGAGGAGGGGCGUGGGCGGCGGCGGCGCCACCGGCACCGGCGCAACGUGGACGACGACGACGAGAGCAGGGAGGACCCCCACGACACGGCGUGCUGCCGGCGCCUCAUGUCGCUGGACAACUCGUGCGUCUGCCAGGCGGCGGCGCGGCUCCCGGCGUUCAUGACCGCCGUCCGGCACGUCGUCCGGCUCACUCCCGUCGACGGCUGCCACGUCACCUUCGAGUGCCCCGGCUCCUUCUAGCUUAUAUGUCGUCACAGCUCGCGUCGUCGUCGUCAACUCAGCCAUAGAUAAUAUAAUUCAGCAGAGGAUGAUUCCAAUUACUGCAGAAUUAAUUAUUACUACUACUGAUUGAGAUGAA